UGCUAUUGCCUCUUCAGCUCCAAUUCUUCAAUUCCAGAAUAUCACGCCUUGUGAGGUAUGGAAAUUAACAAUUAAAACCUCCUUGUGAGGUAUAAUCGCUUAAUAAGCUGCAUUUCCGCUUGCAAGAAAAUUUUGCUGUUGAAAUAUUUCGCUCAAUUUCUUUUGAAUUGUGAGCAGUUAAGUAGAACUGAUUUAUUCGGAUGCUCACAAUUCGAAAGAAAUCAACCGAAAUAUUCCGACGACGAAAUAUCUCUGUGUUAAAGUGGAAAUCCUCACUUAUUCAAUUAUUGUAUAAAACAUUUUUGGAAGAAAAGCCUCAGAAAUCAGAACUUAUGUGUAUCAGGAGUCUUUACCCUCGGUUGGGUUGUUCGUUGUCAGCAGGAUAUUAAAGUCAAGAAACGGUUUAGUACUAAAGGCUGUGGCGGCCAUGGUUCAAGGCAAACGCAUUUACAAAAGUUUGUCGUAAGCCUGGUUUCCAUAUGGUCGUAUAACUGUCGUGAACGUGUCGUGAAGUGUUUGUCGUGAAUGAUUUUUAUGCGUGUUUCAUAUGGUUGUAACUGUCGUGCACUGACGUAAGUUAAUUUCGUACCCAGGGAUCGUACAAGCAGCUGGCGGCAGCAGUUUUAGAAAAGACAAACACGGUCCCCCUAAAGGGGACCUUUGCCCCCCCCCCUAAUUGUCGCAAAACUGUUGCAACGCUGUCGUUCUUCCGUUUCCAUCAGGGCGCUUAUAUAUAUAAGCGCCCUGGUUUCCAUUAAAACAUAACCGUCACGACACGUUUUUAGCCUGACGCAACUGUCGUCGAGAUAGAACUCGAGUCUAUCUCGACGACACUGUUGUAACUGUCGUGAACUGUUGCCAGCGUGUUGCGACAAGACUUUCUUCAUGUUUCCAUUUGGUCACGAACACGACAGUUACAACACGUUCGCGACAGCUACAACCAUAUGGAAACCAUGCAGACUUUAAGUUUGUGUGAAAAGACUUUUGGAUUAAAGUGCAUGCAUAAUUGGUACUUGAUUUUCGCUGACGUAGGUUGUGUGCGAGUGCCUUCUAGUACUUCGUAAUGUUUUUUUAUUUCCAGCAUUCGAAUUGAUCCUGUUUGUUAUAAGUCUUAGUCCAAGUAUUGAACAAUAAUUUACAGAGAAAGUUCGUCAUUUUUAGACAUUUUACAAAAUUGUUUCGGAUGAUUUCGCAAGAGAGGGAGAAACGUGUUUCAAUCUGAUAAAAAAAUCCUGGAAUGUUAUUUUUGAUGAUGGCGAAUCAAGUAAGCUGUUUAGUUUCUCAAACUAUAGUAGCUGUAAUAUCUAAGUACUAGGUAUAUAUUUGUGCAAUAGAAUAUAUUUUAGCAUAACAUAACGAUAUAGUACUGAUUGAUGUCUUAGUGUGUUCCUUCUACACAACGUGUCCUAUGUCUAUAUAUUUAAUUACAAUCUCGUUCCCCGAGCCUGCGAUCCUCGGGAAGGAACGCGAGGCUCUGGGAUAAUCCGUUUCAGGGAGGAAUCUGAUUGGCCGUUGAAAUGGAAUGCGUAGUUCAAUCUUAGCCAGGAUUCCUGGCUUCCGGCAACGGAUUAAUUUAUCACAAAGCCUCGCGUUCCUUCCCGAGGAUCGCAGGCUCGGAGAACGAGAUUGAUUUAAUUAGUUCCGACCAUAUAGUCCUGGUGCCGAGUGAAUGACCUGACGUCAUUACUAUAUCACUCCCUUUUUUUUAUCUAAUUACCGACGAGGGAAUUCCCUCGCCAUAUGGUUCUGGUUGCCUAACAUUCCUUGUCGAUCGUCCUGGCUCAGGGUUAGUGUCAAUUCUGUCUCGUUCGGUCCUUUCCGCGUCAUACGUUUCACUGUCAUCGUCGUCAUCGACUUGAACAUCACUCUUUGGCUUCGCUUGAAGUGUGAUACAUUGCGAGUUAUAGUGUGCCCUGUCUGACUACGUGCUGUCACCGUGUUGUUGUUUCGCGAGAUCACAAUGUGGGGUGUUUCAUUGAAGUUAGGGGUGAGUUUGUUCCCUCUCUUUUGCUUCCACAAAACGUAGUCGCCAACUUUUAUUGGGCUUUCUUUAACGUUUCUCUUUUCAUCAGCGUAACGUUUGUUGUAUUGUUGUCUUUCAUCUUCCUUUUUCCGAACCUCGACGAUUUUUUCCUUGAACUUGGUGAUUAAAUAACUGUUCAGAGGGUGGAACACCAGUGGUACAAUGCGGUGUGGUGCGGUGGUGCAACAGGAAACGACUUAGCUCUUGUUUCCAUGGACGACCGUUUAGCAGCUUUCUGGGAUUUUCCCAAGGGUUGCAUGACGCGUUCUACCUCACCGUUGCUUUGGGGCCAUUUGGGAGUAGAGAAGAUUGCCUUUAUUCCAAUGGCGGUUAGAUAGCGUUGGUAUUCUUCGCCAUUGAAAGGGGGACCAUUGUCGCUUUUGAGAAGGGUAGGAAUGCCAUGAACGGCAAAGAUCUUGUCGAGUUUUGGUAUCACAGUAGAGGCUCGCGUGGAGUGGACAAUUUCGACGUCGUGAAACCGAGAAUAUCUAUCUACAACGACAAGAAGGUAUUCUCCAGUGGGUAGAGGACCAUAGAAGUCGACAUGAACAGUUUGCCAAGGUCCAUCAGGCAUGGUGGUGGGGGUGAUUGGCGCUGGUGGGCCGGGUGGGCCAAGGGCUUGGCAAGGAAACCUCUCAACAACAUCUCUAAACCUUUACCGCAAAAUCCUAAUAAAGAUCUUAAACUCAAUGACAUUCUCGAGAGAAAUGCCCAAGUUUUCGACGGAUUGGUAAAACUGAAAGGACAGACUGUCCACCUAAACAUUGAUCCCGAUGCUAAUCCUAAAGCUGAACCAGCGCCGCAUCCCUUACCAAAUUCGAAACAAAGUUAAAGAUGCAAUCAUAACGACAACAAAUGUCGUAUCUGUUGUUUGUACGUAAACAAGUCACGUGCGUGGACAGGGUCUUAUGUGUGCGUGUAGCUGUGGCAAUUUCGUCGAGUGGCAUGUAAUGGCGCGGGGGGGCAAUGUGUCGUUCAAUGAAGUUGACGUAUUCUUCAGCCAUGCGAUCCGGGUAUGACAUGCGUGGUGACGCAGGAUGACGUGAUAAAUAAUCAGCGGGGUUGGUGGCACCAGGAAACCUUUGUUGUUGUCGACGCGAGCCCUGUCGGCGUAUCGGCUAUCCUCUCACAAAAAUGCCAAAUGUCGCGAAUUCCAAAGUCAUUGCUUACGCCAGUCGUGCCUUAUCGCUCGUCGAAACACGUUACUCCCAAACCGAACGAGAAACCCUCGCUAUCGUCUGGGCUGUCGAACAUUUCCACAUGUUCCUGUUUGGACAUCAUUGUAAUAUCUUCCCGUCGCCGGAUUGUCGGGGAGCCUCGGUCAAACGAGGACGAGAGUUGAUGAGAGUUCUCUCGCUCGCGUUUGACCGCCAACUCUUAUAUGGGGCUUCGGUGGCCAAGUGGUUAGCGCACUUGCCUUUCACCUCUGAGGCCGCAGGUUCGAGACUCAGUGAGUACUUUCUCAAUGCGACUCGAACCCAGGCCUCAUGUAAAAAGAGCAAAGUCAAAGCUCUGCCGAAAGUCGUGGGUUUUCUCCGGGUACUCCAGUUUCCUCCCACAGGGAAAGUUGACAUAGAAAGUUGACAUAGAAAGUUGACAUAGAAAGUUGACAUAGAAAGUUGACAUAGAAAGUUGACAUAGAAAGUUGACAUAGAAAGUUGACAUAGAAAGUUGACAUAACUUGACAUAGAAAGUUGACAUAGAAAGUUGACAUAGAAAGUUGACAUAGAAAGUUGACAUAGAAAGUUGACAUAGAAAGUUGACAUAGAAAGUUGACAUAGAAAGUUGACAUAGAAAGUUGACAUAGAAAGUUGACAUAGAAAGUUGACAUAGAAAGUUGACAUAGAAAGUUGACAUAGAAAGUUGACAUAGAAAGUUGACAAAGAAAGUUGACAUAGAAAGUUGACAUAGAAAGUUGACAUAGAAAGUUGACAUAGAAAGUUGACAUAGAAAGUUGACAUAGGUCAACUUGACAUAGAACGUUGACAUAGGGUUAGGGACAUAGGUCAGGUGGCAGAUCAUUAUAUGGACUAAUAGCGGCUGCUUAAACGGCGCCAUUUGUAAGCUCACAGUCUACCUCGGUCUGCUCUAAUGUAACCAGUCACUGAAAAACCCUGAUAAGGGAGUAUGCUGAGUAAUAUAUGUAAUAUGUAACUCUCAUCACCUCGCAUCAACUCUGAGCUGGUUCAAAUUUUGAUGAAAGUUGGUGGGAGUUUUUGCUACGCGCGGUAAUAUCCAGUCAUCUCUCAUCAACUCUUGUUCUCGUUUGACCGGGACAAGAGAUUGAGAAAACUCUGAUGCAAACUCUCGCUUGCCAACUCUCAUCAACUCUUAUUGUCGUUUGACCAGGAACUUCGUUCAAAGUGUAUACCGACGUUGUUCGACGUUUCAAGCGAAGACUCUUCGUUGGGAAGUUCGUACGAAAGUUAGUAUCUUCCUGACGGAGGGCCUUCGCUCGAAAUCUCCAAGUUCUCUAGUAUGUAUUUUUCAGGUGGUCGUAUCUUGCUCAAUCUGAAGCUUUCUUGCCCUGCAUGUUGUCUGUUUUGUAGUUUCUUACUAAAUGGUUGUUAUUAAUUCAGGACCUCGCUGAACAACACGUACUAUGAGAUAUGGGUAUCACAUCAACUGAUAUCUAGUGCUAAUAGAUUUUUUCUCCUUUUCAAGGUUCCGGUAGAGAAAAGCUGACCGACAUUUUUCACUUAUGUAAGCCACUGAAAAACCAGAGUGAUGUGUAUAAAUUUCGUGAUUGGUUGAGCUCGACCUGGGUGAACUUGGCUAUGGGUAAAAUACAAAUAUUUUAUUUGCUUAGGAAAAGAUUGUAACUACAGUAGACCGGGUUACGAUCAAAUCACCCUCACUCAAAUUCAUCCAUAAAUUUAUAUGAUGAAUAUCAGACGGGGCGCCCAAAAAUCUGCAAUCAGGGUGAGUGUUCCACCUGUACACAUUGACAUCUUGUGCAUCAGGGACCAGUUAUACGAAGGCCAUGCAGAUAUUUUCUCAAGCUUUCAAAAUUGUCUGUUUAUUAUUAUAGCUCAGAUUAAACUUUAUUAAUUAUAAAUGAAUGUUUUUAUUAAUUGUGAGGUUCACGUCUAUUAAAUAGUUCUAGCUUUUCAAGCAACUUUACAACCGUUGUAGAUGCACUAUCCGGUGGAUACAACCGACCCGUGAGCAACUUUCAGAAGAUUUCAAAACCUCUGAGAAGACAAGUGAUGAUUAUAAUAUGACUGAAAGUUUUGCGUCGAAACGUGUUCGAAACGAUCUUUACAAAAAUUUUGCUCUUUUUUAAAAUUUGAUCGUUUUGUAUAUUCCGGUCAACUGGAAGCUUUGUUUCACACCAAAAAUGUUCAGGAAUAAUAUUUCCAACUGUCGCUAUACUAUUUACCAGAUUUUUAAUAUUCUCUUCUUAUUCUUCUUAGUAAACUAUCCAUACCCAGCUUCUUUCUUGGAACCACUUCCAGCUUGGCCAAUCAAG